CUCGCCUUCCAAGAACAAUUUCUACCACGCUCAUAUCCCCGCUAUGGAGCUCACGAACUUACCCACGGAGCUUUUGAAUGCGAUCCCUCUCUAUUUGACGAGCAAAGACAUCAAAAACUUGAGACUCGUGUCCAAGUUGUUUUCCGACAUACCUUUACAGCUCUCUAGGGUGUUUAUAAGCGCGAACCCGAUAGACAUUGAGGUGUUUCGCUCUAUCGCGGAUCAUGAGGCCUACAGACAUAGUGUAAAAGAAAUUAUUUGGGAUGAGGCCCGAUUCGGCAAUCCUCGUUCUGGAUGUGACGGGCAUGAAAUGGAGCUUCGCGAGGCACCUCGUGAAUAUAUGAAUGCUUGCAAAGAGAACUUGGCCGACAUUUUGGGAAGGCGAUCCAUGUACGCUGUCCAUUUUCCCUCUGAAAAGGCUAUAGACGAGCAAGUAAAGGCCCAGAUGCCUAUAUUCGAAUCAUGGCUGCUCUAUUGCGAGUAUGCAGACCGGCAAAACAAAGUUUUGAAAGACGGUGGCGAUAUUAAAGCGUUUGAAUACGGCCUCGAACGCUUUCCGGCUCUCGAGAGAAUCACGUUGACGCCAGCAGCCCAUGGGACAAUCUUCAAUCCACUGUAUAGAACACCGAUGCUUCGAUCGCUUCCAUAUGGCUUCAACUACACCAUUCCGCGCGGUUGGCCGGGCACUUAUUUUCAUUUGAGCAGCGAGCCGUGGGAAACCGAGGCUGAUAAAGAGCAAUGGCGAGGCUUUCGAGAAGCCAUUCGUUGCCUCGCGGAUAACAAAGCACCGUCGGUGAAAGAGCUUGUUCUCGACGUUCAUCAGUUGCCAACAGGCUUGACCUGCCAUUUUUUCGACAGUCCCUGCCGAGAAUACGACCAGCUCAUUGAUGUUCUUCGCAGGCCUGGUUUCCGCCGCUUUGAUCUCGCCCUCACCGCCGGCGGCCAGCCCACUGUCGACUGGAUGUCAUUCCGGAACAGGCGCAUACGACGUGCCCUGGCAGAGGCGUCGAAAGACUUGGAGCAUAUCCAUUUGAGGACGGAUUGGGGUGAAGAACCAGAUUAUCGUACUGGGCUGGACAGCAGCGGCCUCCCUUAUCACUUCACCCCACUGCUUGACAUCUUUCCCAUGGAGCAAUGGCCGAGACUCCGGCACUUUGGGCUAUCAAAGUUCCUUGUGCGGCAAAAUGAUGUCAUGUCUCUUCUGAAAGCAUUGCCAGUCACGAUUCGGACCAUUGAGCUCAGCUUUUUGUGCUUCUUAAACGACGUGGGCAGUUACGAAGCCCUGCUUUACGAGAUGCGUGAUACUCUAGAUUGGCGCAAUAGAGAAGCCGCAGCUCGCCCCAAAGUCAAGAUUGGCUUGGAAAUCUCCCCCGAAGAGACGCUAUAUGGCCGAGCAAUCUGGUUCGAAAGAGAAGUGGAUUCGUUUUUGUACAAAGGGGGGCCUUGUCCGUUU